UUUUCCCAUCUCUUCCAAAUUCCAAUCCGAUUCUUUGUUUCUUUCCCUUUCUUCCAAUCCCAUCCCUAGCAAGCAAUCCCCUUUCUAUACUUUCUCUCUCAAGAAACGCCAUUAGACUCGUUCCCUUCCCUAGAACCCCCUUUUUUUCAACCCUAGUUUUAGACUUACCUUUCCACCACAUUUCUAGGGUUUUCAUUACAAGAAACAGAAGGAAAAAAGCAACCCCAUCUUGUCCAAUUUCAAUCAAAAUCAUCAUUUCUGUAUUCUUCUGUGAAAAAUUAAGGAUUGGGUUUUGUCAAAGUUUCGAUUUUUUUGAUGACUAUGAAGAACAAUUUCUUACCACCUAAUUUGGUUUCAAAUCUUCAACAUGUAUUGAAUAACAGAAAAGGGGAUGGAGAAGAAGAAGCAAAUGAAGCUGCUGCUCCCACUUCUACUUCAGAAACUACAACUACAAGUUCUGAGAUUGAUGAAUCAAAACCAAUUGUUUUAGUUACUAAUGGAGAUGGGAUUGAUUCUUUUGGAUUAACUUCUCUUGUACAGGCUUUAGUGAAAGAUAAUCUUUACAAUAUUCAAGUCUGUGCUCCUCAAUCGGAUCGAUCUGUUUCGGGGCAUUCUGUGACGGUUUGUGAGACCAUCACGGUUAGCUCUACAGAGAUUAGUGGUGUUAGUUGCGCCGCAUAUGAAGUUGCUGGGACUCCUGCGGAUUGCGUUUCUUUAGCUUUAUCAGGAGCAUUAUUUUCUUGGACGAAACCUGCCUUGGUAAUUAGUGGAAUUAACAAGGGAUCGCGUUGUGGUAACCAUAUAUUUUGCUCUGGUGCUGUUGCGGGAGCUAGAGAGGCUUUGAUCUCUGGUGUACCUUCUCUUUCAAUCUCAUUGGACUGGAAGAAGGAUGAGAGUAAAGAAAGUGAUUUCAGUGACGCAGUCGAUGUGUGUUUGCCAUUAAUACAUGCGGCAAUAAGGGAUAUUGAGGCUGAGGUUUUCCCUAGAAGUUGCUCACUAAAUAUAGAAGUUCCAACUUCUCCAGCAACAAACAAGGGCUUUAAGGUCACCAAGCAAAGCUUGUGGAGGCCAUCUCCUAGCUGGACUGCUGUUUCGGCAAAUAGGCAACCUGGUGCUGGGAUUUUCAUGCCUAAUCAACAAGGGAUUGGCCUUUCACUUGCACAGCUCGGGCGAGAUGCCUCUGCUGCUGGUGCAGCACGCCGCUUGAACACACAGAGGAAAAAUGUUGAAGUAGAAUCAGUUGGAGUUGCUGGAAAAACAGAUACCCAGCGAGUCAAAAGAUAUUUCCGUCUAGAGUUUGUAGAGAAGGAGCAAAGAGAUAUGGAUGAAGAUCUGGAUUUUAGAGCUCUUGAAAAUGGAUAUGUUGCAAUAACUCCUCUAACUUUAUCUUCAAAUUCCGAGUCAGAAAUUCAAACAUCUGCAUCGAACUGGAUUGCCACAGCUUUAUCUCCAGAGACGAACUGACAUUUCCUCUUUAAGUUUUAACAUGGGUCAGUCAGUAGUUUGUGUACAUUUUGGGGGAACUUGGCUUGGUCUUAUUUUUCAAUUGAAAGCACAUACAGAUUCCGAAUUUGUGCUCAAUUCUUUUGUUUCUAUUUAAUCCUGUAUUCUACGAAGACAAAAGCUUUCUUAACUUAAACACGUCGGCAGAUUUUAUGUAUGAAGCCCGUCUAAAGCUUAUACUGUCAAAAUUUGUGUUUCUGAUUGAAACAGUGAGGUUGUUUUUCUUUCCUCUAAUUUGGGUUGAGUUUGGUUUUGGUUAUUGACAGUGUCACUUGACAUA